AUGUCUCCCCACGAUCGGUCGGAGGAGGAGGGUGUUCGCCGCCCACUCCUGGCCGAUUCCAGAGGGACCGAUGGGACCGAACCCGGGGCGGAGUCUACUUCCGCAUUGGGCCCCAAGUUCACCCGCAACCUCGGAGCCAUCGAGGCAUUCGGCAUCGUCAUCAGCAUCGUGAUCGGUAGUGGUAUCUUCACUUCACCCGGUUCUAUCGACACAAAUGUUCCAUCCCCUGGAGUCGCGCUUAUCGUGUGGCUGGUCGGAGGCAUUCUGGCCUGGACCGGUGCCAGCACCAUGGCCGAGCUCGGCACUGCUAUUCCGGGAGAAGGAGGCGUGCAGCCAUAUCUUCGGUACAUCUAUGGGGACGUUUUUGGCUUUCUUGCUGCUUGGACUUGGAUCAUCGCCGUGAUGCCUGCAACGCUGGCCAUUUUGAGCAUCGUGUUCAUUGAAAGCAUCUUCUCCGCGGCUGGCGUCACCGACCAGGCUGGAAGCCUUUCGCAUAAGCUGCUCUCCAUUCUUGUAUUGUUGGUGAUCGGAGUGGCCAACUCCAUCAGUACCAAGGUCAGCACCCGAUUGAAUGGAUUCUCCGUCACGACCAAAUUCAUCGCCAUCGCCGCAAUUGUGGUGGCCGGCCUAGUCGUCGUCAUCCUGCAAGUUUCGGGAAUCAACCGCGAUGCUGGGUCCAAUGACUGGCUCAAGCACUCUUGGUUUGGAUCUAGGAACACUUGGACUCCAGACGGUCGGGAGAUCGACUGGAGCUCCAUGCACGGAUGGGAAUCGCUGGGUUACUAUUCAACCGCGCUCUACGGUGCUCUCUGGGCCUAUUCGGGUUGGGAUAAGGCUAUCUACGUCAGUGCAGAGCUCUCUGCUCCUGCCCGUCAGCUCCCACUGGCCAUCAACACUGCCAUUCCCAUCAUCAUUCUUUGUUUCCUUGCCGCUAAUGCCGCGUACUACAUCCUUCUUCCAUGGAAGAUCGUUUCGACCACUGAUAGCGUGGCCGUCACCGCAAUAACCCAUCUUCUAGGACCAGCAUGCGGUAUCCUUGCUGCCAUAGUGAUCUGCCUCGUGGUUGCCGGCUCCCUGCUCGGAAACUCCUUUGUGGCCGGUCGCAUGAUUGUCGCCGCAUCAAAGCUGGAUUGGUUUCCGCGGUUCCUGGGCGUGCUUGGACAUGUGGGAAUGCCUCCUGACCCGGAGCCUCCUUCUCAGUCGACCCCGCGAUCGGAUGCGCCCAUAAAUGCCACGAUCAUGGCCACUCUGCUACCAAUCCUGUACCUGCUGUUCGGAAAUUUUCGCGCUCUACUCACCUUCAAUGGUCUGGGGGAAUACUCGUUCUUCUUCUUGACGGUCUUGGGUGCCAUUCUUCUGCGAUUCCGGCAGCCUGAUCUCCAUCGGCCGUACAAACCUUUCAUUGCAAUUCCGCUGAUAUUUGCCCUUGUCAGUGGCUUUGUGGUGGUAAGGGGAGCUGUCUUUGCGCCUCUGCAAGCUGUGAUUCUGAUUUCGGUCUGGAUCAUCGGCAUGGGGUUCUAUUACCUCCGGGCUUACCUUCGGAGGGAAAGGGUGACUAGAAGAAGCGAAUAG